AUGCGCGAAACAGCGCGCUUGGCGAUGCUGCGCCUUCAUUUUUCCAGAGGAUUGAGAAAAGCAGAAGUGGCGAGAUCAAGAUCAUCUACGGUGACUUCUAUGCAAGGAUUGGAGCCAGGCAGCAUAGUCUACUUUUACAGACAGUCCAAGUACAACAACACGACAGCAGCCUCCAAGAAGAAGCUGAGCCUUCGCAGAUGGCGUGGACCGGCCUUGCUCGUCGCCCUCAAGCCCAACAAUGGCUAUGUCAGCUAUCGUGGCCAAUUGUCCAAAUGUGCUCUCGAACACCUUCGGCCGGCCAGCGCACUAGAACAAGUGGCAAGCUCAGUUUGGGAGGAUGCAAUUCAAGAAGUGGUGGACGCUGCCUGCCAUGACCAAGAGAUAGUGAAGCCUCAGCCCAAGAUUGAGCCUCCAAAAGCAGCGCAUGUCUCUACGCCUGAGGAAUAUGAACCCACGGAGCCUCCUGAAGAUCGAGAACGUGAAACUGAACUAGAAGACGGUCCUCCGGAUCUUCCUCCUGUACAUCCUCAAGAGAUGGUGCGAGCCUUGGAGCCCAGGCCUGAGUCGAGUCAGCCUGCUUGGUCAAGAAUGACUUCAUCGCUGCCUGAGUCAACAGUGGCUCAAUCACCUUUCGCUGAAGCAGUUCGUCAAGCUUGGGCACAAAGAAUGCCAAGACAGACCUCACUGGACACCGCCACCGGUAGUGUGAAGAGGCCAGCGGAUGCAGCUCCAGUUGAUGUUGAAGUGCCUGCCAAAAGAAUUGCUCACGAAGAACCUGCUGCUUCAACUCCAACGCCAACCGAGCCAAGGCCUUCAUCAAUGGCCCGUGAUGCGUUGGUUAUGUCCCAUGAAGUCAUGGAAGCAAUGGCCUAUGCUGAAGUGCAUCCUCUUCGUCAAAUCCAGGCUCAAGCAACCCUGGACCACCAGAAUCCGAUGGAAGCCAAAGUUCCAGACCACGGAACAUGGAGAGGAAACUGGCCUAUGCCUUCGAGGACGGAGUUCCAACGUCGUCAAGCUCUACGGCAAAUAUGGCCACUCGGCAAUGAAGAUGCCACCAGAGAAGUCCUCGCAGUCCUCACCGCUCGUAAGGAGCGACCUUGGACCUCCAUGACUGAAGAUGAGAAGGGUGAGUUCAGAAAAGCCGCAGCGAAAGGAUGGUCAGUCUGGACCGACAAUGAUGCAGUCGGCCUAUGGAAUGAUGGGGAGACCACGGACGACCUUCUCCUGGCCGGCAACGCUCGGGCAAAAGAGACUCUUCGUUCUCUAGGAGAGGAACUGGGCUUUGGAGCCAUCUCUGAAGGUGGCUUCACCUACUGCGGAAAACAUAUCGAGCAGCUGCCCGACAAGUCCAUCAAGGUCACGAUGAAAGAAAAGCUGCCCGACAAGUCCAUCAAGGUCACGAUGAAAGAAUACCACCAGGACCUUCAGCCAGUGCGCAUUUCACAAGAGCGCAAAAAGGAUCCCUCCUCCUCGCUCAACCCAGGAGAACACAAACACCUCCGAGCAAUCCUGGGAUCAUUGCAGUGGUUGGUGGCCCAACUUCGAAUAGAUUGCGGGUUCCAGCUAUCUUCACUGCAAGCAGAAGCUCCUACGAUUGGAACUUUGCAACGGGCCAACCUGCUUCUUCGCCAAAUGAAGCAGCAUGCCGACUUUGCCCUCCAGUUCAAACCUUUGGACCUGAAGGGUGCAGGCAUCCUCGUCGUCUCAGACGCCAGCCUCGGCAAUGUGCUGAAAAGUGGCAGCGCUGAAGGAGAACCUUUGAAAAAGGUUUAUAGCCUGGUGAUGAUUGCCGAUGCCAACCUCAUGGCAGGAAGAACUGGUCGCUUCACGAUCCUCGAUGCCAGGUCCCACCGACUUCAAAGAGUCUGCCGCUCAACAUUCGCAGCAGAGCUCCUGGGCAUCGAAGAGGCCAUGGACACCGGCCAAUAUUGCCGGGGGGUAUUGGCAGAAGCUUUUGGUCAUCCCUUGGACCGAAAGCCCCUCGACCUGAGCACCGAUGCGGUGCCGAUGAUGACCGUGACCGACGCAAAGGAUGCGUACGACAAAAGCUGCAGCGACACGCCAAGCUAUGGCUCGCAAAAGAGCUUGGCUUUCACCAUAGCAUGGAUUAGAACCAUGCUCAACAGGUGCAACACCUCCCUCCGCUGGACAAGCGCAGAGAACAUGAUCAUUGACUGCGGUACCAAACCUAUGGACUACAGUCAGUUGCACCAGGUCCUGGAGGCCAAUGAACGGUGUGUCACUUACUCCCCUACUUUCGUCAAGCAAGCCUCGAAAGGAAAAGCUGCCAAGAUGAAGCCAAGUGAGCAAAUGCACCUGAGGAGCGACUUAGGAGCUUAUGCAGCGCCUGUGAAUGGUUCACGUGCUUCAGCUGCCCAAGCCUUCUCGUCACGCUUGCAGUUGCAGGAAGAUCAAGGAGCCCAGGCACUGUCGUUGGCUUUGCCAGCGCCAAAGUCAAGAGGCGAAGGUCCUUCUUUGCGACCGUCCGGCUCCCUCCCGAAGCCACCAAAGCAGCAAGUGGAGGCCUUAGCUAAGAACUUGGCCUUGGCUGCUCGGCAACGUCCAGAGCGGAAGGACCCAACGGAGGCUCCGAUACUGGCUUUGGCACCACCGCCACCACCCAGCAAGGGGCGUGUGAGUACUGGCUCUGGCCGUGGGCGCCCGCACACAGGAUCAGUCCUGUCGCACGCCACAACACCUUCCUGGCGGUCACGAUCCAAGCAGGUUGUGGAGGUGGAAGGCAGAGAAGAUGUCGCAGAUGGAAAGGCAGAUUUGCCAAGGCGCAGAUCGCCCUUGCUGGAGAAGCGCUGGACGGCGGUGGAGAACCAACGAAUGGCUCCCAGGAGCGAACUCGAUCGACUGGAGCACAUCGAUCCUGAUGUCGAUGAGGCGAAUGCCAUGCUCGUGGAGUCCUUCUUGAAUGUCAAGCGGUCUUUGGGCGCGGAGAUGAAUGAGGCCACCUCGCAGUGUUCGCAGACCAUCCCAUCUGCGUCCAGCUACUUCAUCUCCAAGCCGCAUGGCACCACACCUCGUGCAGGCCAAGGCAACCAAGGGGGCUUGCAGCAGGCAGGCUACCAGGUCUUGACAAGCUUGCCGGAUCCUGCGGCUCUGGAGCGCCUGGCAGAGGCUCAGCAGCUGCUGUGCGCGCGUGCUGUGAGUGAAGAGGACUGUCAGCAUGCUGUCGACCUGCUGCUGGAGCUGGCACGGCCUGUGGAGGAGGAUGGCUUUGGCUACAGCCCAGCGCUGUUGACCUUGGCCUCUCUCUAUGAGUCGGGCUACGAGCCAGCCAUCCAGCAGGAUGCUGUGCAAGCUGCUAGGUACUACAUCUCCUUGCUUGAAGUUCAGAUCACAUCCCCCAGCCUCAGCCGUGAUUUGCUGGAAGAGGCUGCGACGCACCUCUGCAGCUUAGCCAAGGAUCCAUCCUGCAACUUGCCGGACAACGAGGUCCGCCGUUUGGAAGCUCUGGCGGCUGAGGAUGGGCAGCCCAGCAGCGCCUGGUUGACCUUUGCCGCUGCGGAGGCGCGGCGCAGGUGGACCGAGGCCAAUGAAGACCCUGAGGUGCGGAAGCGGCGGCAGCAACGGGAAGCGCAAAAGGCUGAGCAGCGGCAGCGGAUGUUGACCGAGCAGCGGCAGAGGGCGCAACAGGCGCUGAGCGAAGCAGAGGAAUUAAGGCUGCAAGGCAAUGAUGUGUGCCGUCAGGGUCAGCUGCCGGGCAACGCUGCAGCACAGCAGCUUCUGUUGCAGGCAGUCGCACUUUACGACCAGGCAGUGGAGGUGCUUUCAAGGUGCUUAGAGCAAUCGCUCCCUGCAGAGGAGUCUUCAGAGCUGCGCAAGCAACGGGCCUUGCUCCGCUCCAACUCUGCUCAGGUGGAGUUGUCAGCUGAACGCUGGGCUCAAGCAGCGAAGCUGGCGGAGCUGUCCCUGAAGGACGAACCCACCUCGGUGAAGACCCGUUACCGCCUGGCCAAAGCACAGCUGGGUCAAGGCGAAUGGGCCGCUGCCGCGGAAACCGUGGACCAAGCACUGCUGGCGCUCAAAGGACAAGCUGCCAGUGAGCGCGAAGCCUUCACAGUGGAACUGUGGAAGCUGGCGGAGGAAGUCACUGCAAAGCUGCCAGACUGGCGUUGGUCUGCCUCCAAACCGGAGAAGAGAACGGCCCAGGAUGACUACGAGAAGCGAAUCGUGGGCUGGUGGGAGUAUCCGGGGAGCAGCUUUGAAAUCCGUUUGGAGCCUUGGGGUGCUCUGGUCUUCCAUGAGGACACCGUGAAAAUUGAGCUGAUGAAGAAGGGCAAGUUGAGGUGGCGAGGUGAAGUAGAGCUGAUCUCCGGCAUGGUACUGAACCUAUCCUUCGAACCUGGGAGUGAUGUCUUGGUUUUAGAAUUCAUCCCACCACCGGAAAUGCCCGAGAAAGAUCAAUGGAGUGGUCCGAAGAGGUUCACCGCAAAGCGCAAGGCAGUGUCAAAACAGGAGGCUGCAGACCAGCAGGAGCAACUUCCAACACCAGAGCUGGCGCCCGAACCGGCGCCGGAGCCGGCACCGGGCCACGAUGAGGCUGUGCUGUCACAGGUCGAUGAGUCGAAGGAAGAGGAUGUGGCGGCCAUCUUGGCUGCAGCCCCGAAAGAGGUCUGCUUGGGCGGCUACCCUAGCGUGGCUGGCCAUUACAUCCUGCAACCAGAGCCAAAGAAUGGACGUCCUGUAUAUUGCCGUUCUGAUGGUCCUCAGGGCGAUCAAUUCCUUUGGUUUAGAGGUGGAAACUGGGGCGUCACAGACUCGCUCAAGGCAUCGGCUCUGGCUGCUCCUUGGCAGGUUCGCUGUGCUGACGCGGCCUUGCAGCCAUUGCAGCUUCGGCGGCGGUCCAAAUGGUAUGCGCGCUCAGGGAAGAACCAGGAGGAGCUUGUUCCACACCUUGCUGUUUCUUUGGUGUUAGAGCCAGAGCCUUCCAUGGAUCCUGCUGAGACUUCCAAAGAUCAAGGCCUUCUGUUUUUGGGAGUUGGCAGGAGGAAGCAUUGUAAACAUCGUAGUGAUGUGACAUGGUUGCUGACAAAGGACAAUGGCUUUUCUUUGUGCUUUCCAUCUGGAGUCUUUGUGGGAGGCACCACUUCAGCUAACAAUCUGCCAUCAUGGGUGGCCGAGACUGCUGUGGAUGUGGAAGACAAAGAGCUUCGAGUCAAUGUGGUCUUUCCGCCUGACCUCUCUGUAAGCCUGGCAUCCUUGGACAUGUCCGCCUCAGAGGGCAGUCUUUGUUUGGAGUUGCGCCAUAGCGGCUCUUUGGAGAUCCCUCUACCUGUGAAGCUCUCGGAGGAACAGCGAGAGGCCCCAAAGGCCAAGUGGUCCGAAAAGACGCGGACCCUGAAAGUGCGCUUCGUGCUUGACUGA